GGCGGGGGAGACCACCUCUGACAGGUAGCCAUGGAGGGGAAACGGCACAAGUGGUCUUUACGACCAAGUGGUCUUUUAGUAUCCUAAAAAGAAGUGAACAUUAGAGCCUGGUUGCAGUUUAGUUAAAAAAUGUCGAUGCACUUGUAUCACAUGAGCAGUAAGCUGCUCGGGGACGCCGUUGGCAAAAUGAACGACAACCUAACUUCAGUGGUCCUGGCUGCUUCAGUCAUCACUCUGACUUUAGGCUACUUGUACAACAAAAUACUUCUCAGACAAACUUGUCACAAGGAUGUGAAAUAUCCACCUUACAUCCCUUCCAGUGUGCCCUUCCUUGGCCAUGCUAUUGCAUUUGGGAAAAGUCCCAUAGAUUUUUUGGAAAAUGCAUAUACAAAAUAUGGCCCGGUGUUCAGCUUCACCAUGGUGGGCAAGACCUUCACGUACCUGCUGGGAAGCGACGCCGCCACGCUGCUCUUCAACAGCAAGAACGAGGACCUGAACGCAGAGGACGUCUACUCCCGACUGACCACCCCGGUGUUUGGCAAAGGGGUGGCCUAUGACGUCCCUAACCCGGUCUUCCUGGAACAGAAGAAGAUGCUGAAGACGGGACUGAAUAUCGCUCGCUUCAAGGAACACGUCAAGAUCAUCGAGGCGGAGACCGUGGAGUAUUUUCAGAGAUGGGGAGAGAGCGGAGAGAGAAACCUUUUCGAAGCACUGUCCGAGCUGAUCAUCCUGACGGCCAGCAGCUGCCUCCACGGAAAGGAGAUCCGCGCCAUGCUGGACGAGCACGUGGCACGGCUGUACGCAGACCUGGACGGAGGCUUCAGCCACGCAGCCUGGCUCCUGCCCGGAUGGCUGCCGCUGCCCAGUUUCAGGAAGCGAGACAAAGCUCACCGAGAGAUCAAGAACAUUUUCUUCAAGGUGAUCCAGAAGCGACGAAGCUCCAGCGAGAAAAUGGAUGACAUUCUGCAGACGCUUGUCGAUGCCACCUACAAGGAUGGACGUCCCUUGUCUGACGACGAGAUCUCGGGCAUGCUGAUUGGCCUCCUGCUGGCGGGUCAGCACACGUCCUCCACCACCAGCGCCUGGAUGGGCUUCUUCCUGGCCCGGGAUCAAGUUCUACAGGAGCGCUGCUACGUCGAGCAGCAGGCCGUGUGCGGGGAACACCUGCCCCCCCUCGACCUGGACCAGCUAAAGGAUCUCAACUUGUUGGAGCGUUGUUUGAAGGAGACGCUGAGGCUCCGCCCACCCAUCAUGACCAUGAUGAGGAUGGCUCGCUUUGCUCAGACUGCAUCCGGCUACACCAUCCCAGCGGGCCACCAGGUGUGUGUGUCCCCGACGGUCAACCACCGCCUGGAGGACACCUGGCAGGAGAGGAUGGAGUUCAACCCCGACCGUUAUCUCCAUGACAACCCUGCUGCUGGGGAGAAGUUUGCUUAUGUGCCUUUCGGAGCAGGGCGACAUCGCUGCAUCGGGGAGAACUUCGCCUACGUUCAGAUCAAAACCAUUUGGUCCACUUUGCUGCGCAUGUUCCACUUUGAGCUGGUGGACGGAUACUUCCCCACCAUCAACUACACCACCAUGAUCCACACGCCACACAAGCCCAUCAUCAGAUACAACAGGAGGAAACAGUGAGACAAAGAGACUGGAGAGACGGGAUCGAUACACUGGGUGCUUCAUGCCACACAAAUGGAGUAAUGGUGGAACCAGCUGAUUGAAACAUGCUUGCAAAACUGGCAAAUUUCAGAAUGUCAGAACAGAUGAAAGUCAAAUUGUCUUAAAUACAGUCGCAUCACAUGCUUUGUCCGACUUGUUACAUCUGGAAAGCUCUUAAGAAGCUUGUUUUCCCAGUUUUAUUGAAUGCAGCAUGGGCAAGUAAAGGGGUAGAACAGGGGUGUCCAAAAUGCGGCCCUCGGCACAUUCUGAAAAUACAAUUAAACAGAAAAACGGACAAAAUAAAACCGCAGAAAUGGAUGAAAAGAGUGGUAAAUGAAAUAUUAGGAGAACAAAGUGGUCGUCUUUCAACAAUGUCGUAACAUGAUGCGGAGAAAUAUAUUUUAGAAGCAUAAAGUUGAAAUAGUUCAGAUUUUUUUUUUGUCAUAAAAUUUGUUAAUUUUAUUUUAAUUUGAUUUUACAUUUGACUAAUUUUGUCACAAACACAUCGUGACUUAUUCUGUUGUAUGAACGGCAACAGGUGGCUACACAGGUUCAUUAUGUACCUCCUGCCAUCUAGUGGAAGAGCAAUGAAUUGUCCUUGCUGUCACUGUGUCACUGGCAUAGAUAGAUGAACAAAGAAAGGCACAUAAUUGCAUUAAAAAAUGGUGAUCUCUGAUGUGCCACAGCACGGCUCUAGAAGGUUUUUGAGUCCGAGUGCUGCAUUCCAGAAAACUGGACAAGUUCAGAAAGCGCAACGUAGCAUCUUCAGUAUAAUUGUGAGGUUAUUCUGUUUUGGUUUUUUUGUAACUGGAUCAAGGCUAUCAAAAAGUGCUUUGUUGUUGGGACUACUGACAGGAGGUGAUAUUUGUCCCAUUGUUCCUGAAUGCAAUUUUAAUGAAGUUCAUGUUUAUCCUGA